AUAGGAAGAUAAUGGUAAAAGAACAGUAGAUUAAUGAAUGUUUAAUUAUUUAUUAUUCAGAAUAUUUCAUUUUAUUAUUGAUUGUUUUGAAGUAUGGAAGAAAAGCAAUCAUCACAAAUUAUGGGAUCAAUACCUCAGCAACCACAGGUAAUGUCGUCUACUACUGCAAUAUCAAGUCCAGAUGUUUCAUCGUCAUUUAUAAAUGGAAUGAUCCAUUCUCGAUCAAUUCGAAAACAGCGUGGUAUAUUUACCACAUCAAAUACUUUAGCACGAAGUGGUACUCAAUCUUGGUGGGGUCAAAAUGAACAUCAAUCAGGACUCGAAAGUGGUGAUCAUGAACAUGUGCCUAAUUAUCGAGGGCAAUUUAUACAAAAUCGUAAUCGAAUAGCUGAAAAUGAAAUAAAUCAUACUGCUCAAUUAGCAUCUAUGUCGUCACCACCAACCGAUCCUCUAGCGAUUCCCACAGAAGAUGCAACCGAAGAAAAUAAUGAAAAUUCUAUCGAAUCAACAUCUACAUCAACUGCUGUACAAUCACCAUUUGUUGAAAAUGCAGAAAAUUUAAUUGGAAACUAUCAAGUGAAUCCAUUCGAUGGUAGUUUAGUCAAAAUUGUACACCAUAAUACCGUCGAUGGAAAUGUUGUUAAAGAGGAUUUUGAUGGGGUUGAGAAAGUUGACCUAAAAACAAAACACGAAAAUAAUGGGAUUGAAUGCCGAGAUUUAUCAACAGACAUUGAUAGUGAUAGCUUAAUACAAACUGAUCAAAAUUGUCGUCGAAAAUAUAGAAAACGUAAAUUUCGUGAUCCAAAUUAUAAUGAUGAGGAAUAUGUACACAAUAAUUCGAAUGUGAAGCAUGCAGCUGGUAUACCGAAACCAACAGGUGAUAAAGCCGAGGAAGUGUUAAAAGCAGCAAAGUCUUUAUUUUCAAAACGUACCAGAACUUUAUAUCACUGGUUAUAUCCGUCCACAUCAAAAUUAGAAUUAAAAAACAUUGUUGUAUCUGCAUGGGACACAUUACAAGAAUCCGAAAAACAUUUUUACAUUUCACAGGUUUUAGGUCGAUUUGGUUUUCCAGCAUCGAAUUUGAUGGUAAAUCCACAAAUUGGUGGUUUACAAGGUAUGCCUACUGAUCAUUUACGUAGUGCCUUCGCAAUGGGUGCUCCUGGAUUUACAACAAAUGGUAUCAAUGGGAAUCCGGGAAGUGAUGUACAAGAUAUAACCACAAAACGUGUUGUGGAAGAACUAUUAGCAAAUAGUGCUGAAAGUGAUCCAGAAUGGAAUCUACGAUCCAACAAUGGUGGUAAUAACAUUGAAAGUUUUGAAGAGACAAGACGUAAGCGUCGAAAAUAUGUGAAAUCUGGUCGAUUAUCUUCCCCGAAUGAAAGUAUUGAACAUAAUGAAAAUAGUAUGGGGUAUCCGGGUGUUGAGAAUGAGGAAAAUAAUCCUUUAAAUUUGGAUGAUGAUUUUCAAAAUGAUCCAGAGUUGAGUCGAGAAUUAGCUACAUUCAAGACAACCGUUAGUGUGAUGGACGCAAAUAAUGGUGAAAGUGAUGAAUUGAUACAAAUCGUACAAAUUUAAUAUAGUGAUUCUGUAUGGAAUUUCAUAAUAACUUAUCUUCUACUUUCUAAACUCUUAUUUAUUUGACGAUUUGCUAUGAUGAACCUAAACUGAACUAAUUUGU